AUGUCGUCCUUCCUUCUUGAAGUAGUCAGUAUUGAGGAAAUUGAAAGGAAAAGGCUUGACCUGGAGAUAGUGCCAGUUACUCUUACCCUUCGAGCAUUUCUGAAGGUGGACCUGUGGCUUUUUAGUAAGACUAUAUUUUCCGCUAUUAUCUGGAGAUACAGUUCCCCGCCAAUACACAGAAAUAUCUUUACGACCGAGGACAAUAAACCAGAUGCUGAUCCGCCAUUGAUCGAUUCAGAAGUCUCGCCAGGCGUCGAAGGAUGCAGUGUGACUCAGGUUGCCAAUAGGUCACCACUUGACACCGCGUUCUUACUAGAGGUAUCAGCUUCAGAUCCAGUGAGUGACGUCCAUAUGUUCUACUCUAUUGGAACAACCCCUCAGACAACAGAUGUUACAGGCUGGACAGAAUAUACUGGUCCAACCCUUGUGGUACCUACUACAGAGUUACCCAAUGGUAUACCUUUAUACUGGACUGUCAAAGCACGGAAUAGUGAGGGUCUUGAAGCUUUCACGACAUGCAGUCUUGACACUUACGACAAUACUUACCAAGAUGGACGAAUUGAUGCAUCAUUCGCCUUCUCUAGCCACCCAAGUGUCCUGAGUGGAACUGUUACGGUGUUUGACGACAGUCUCUUGAAGAUACCUCAUUACAAGGCCGUUGGAUUUAGUUCUGGUGGGCACGGAAAUGAGAUAAUGGAUUGGGAUGAAAUGACACUUAACAACAAUUAUCCUCGAUCAAAUGAACCGUCCGAUCUGAAAUAUUUUAGCACUCCCAAAGCAGGAAGACUGACGGUGGCAGGAUUUUCGUCAUUUAAGACAAGAACAGCCUUAUUAUGUGCACAGGAAUGUCUGAGAUAUGACAGAAAGUGUGUUGCGUUUGAUUAUGAGUACCAUACAGAAAACUGCGAUCUGCAUUCCGUUGUGGAGGGACAUCAAGCCAAGCUUAGAAUCAGUGGAACGUAUGCAAACUAUGAGCGCCUGAAUAUAGGAAGUGCAGCCUUCGUGUCCUACACAGAAUUACCCCUGGUCCACGGGCUGACUUACUUUAUCAACUUCCAUGUAACAAAUGUAUUGGGAUACGAUGCUUUCUUGAAAUCCUCUGGCACCAUUAUAGAUUUCACUCCCCCGGAGACAGGACCACCGGGUGAAGGGUAUACCGAGACCGUGCGAUCGGACAGAUGUCAUGCUGCCAUAACACAGAGGUGUAUAGACGUAACUGAUAUACUCAACCACAGAAUUAUUCUAGAUGGAGAGCAUGCGGAAGUAGUUUUCAAUGGACACGUUCCCCAGACAGAUUUACUCUACAGCUGGGCAAACCAUUUUCUCACAGUGAACUUUGACGGAUUCCAUGACAGUGAGACUGGUAUCUGGGGAUACACCUGGUCCGCUGGUACAUUGGCGUGUGGAUCAGAUGUGGUGCUAGAUAGAGAUCCACACGGUCAUUUGUCACAUAACAAAUACUGGACACACACAGGCUACACAAAGGACCUCCAUCUCUCUGACGGGAAAUAUUACGUCACGGUCAGUGCUAUAAACAAUGUAGUGUAUGGAGGGGCGUUAGUGACAACUGUCUGUCAUACAACUCCAAUCGUUAUUGAUACAACACCCCCUGUUUUCCAAAACGUUUCCGGCGUUUAUUACGACGAGGACUUUGAUAUUUUGGCCAUUUAUUAUACGGCGUAUGACGAAGAUUCAAAACUCAAACUUAUUGAGUUUGGCCUUGGAAAGACGAAGCAUGACGUCACUAUCAGAGGUUACACAGAGUUUCCUCUUGUAACUGGGGAAGACCCGUUCGUUGGUGUUGAAGAUUUCGACCUGACGCCUGGGGUAUAUGCUUGGGUACGAUUACGUGUUGAGAAUAACGUUGGAUUAUUCACAAGUGGACACGGGGAUGAUCCUAUCAUGAUAGACAGAACAGCUCCUCUAGUAGGCUUCGUCAAUGAUGGACUAGUCUUAAAGUCUGACAUCCAAUAUCAGUAUGAUACAGCAACUAUCUGCGCCAAUUGGAUGGAUUUCUAUGAUCCCGAAAGUGGGAUAUCUAAAUUCAAGUGGGGAGUUGGUACAACUGAUGGACGAGAUGAUAUCGUGUCGUUCCGGAAUCUGACACACCAUGAGAAGCACGUAUGCAGUACCGGUCUGAACCUGCAACACAACAUGACUUAUAUUUCAACUGUUUUUGCCUACAACUCCGCGUUGAAUCAAAAAUUUGUCAACGCCUCCUCUAAUGGUGUACUGGUUGACGUUACAUCUCCUGACGCUGGGUGGAUACAUGAUGGACUGUCCAUACACAGUGAUAUUCAGUUUUCAUCAGAAUCAGCUUCAAAGUCAUGCAAUUGGAACAAUUUUACUGAUGCCGAGAGCAAUAUUGACCAUUAUAAAGCAUCGGUAUUUGUGAAUAAUGAACUACGUAAAACAUUUGGAUUAACAAAAGAAUCCAACGUGCUCACUGACCAUACCGUAACUAUGGACCACAAUGAUGUCAUAUCCUGGACACUGAGCGCGUAUAACGGUGCUGGUCUUGAGAUUGGUGUUACGAGUGACGGAUUCCUGGUUGACCAUACAGCUCCGGUGAUGGAAUACAUCCGUGAUUCAGACUCGGACAGUGAAUACCAAUCAAACAGCUCAAAAUUAGACAUUUCCUGGAAAGUGUCUGACCCAGAAUCAGGAAUUAGUCAUCAUUCCUUCUAUAUUCAGGAAAUGAAAUCACGGAUCUAAAUCCCGAUUUUGGCCAAACGAAAAACAAUAUGAAGUAAUAUAUGAAAGCACGGGGUUAAUGGAAUUUACUUUAGAGGAUUUGGUUCUGAAAGAUGGAGCAAUGUACAGUGUCAAAGUUAUUUGUACAAACAACGCCCUGCUAUCGACACAUCACGAGUCCCCUGGUGUCAUCGUAGAUACAUCAGCACCAGUUAUGA